AUGGCUAUUAUUGGAAUUCUUUACCAAUAUGGUCAACCGGAUUCCUUCCUUUCAAAACUGCUCCCUUAUAUUAAAUCAGUUAAAAAACAAGAGAAGGAUUUGGGAAUUGUUAACCCAGAUGACAUUGUAUUUGGCAGCAGAAAAUACUAUAGAUACAAUGCUUCUCUUUCAGUUCCUCCCUGCACUGAAGGUGUUAUCUGGACAGUCAUCAAGAAGGUGAAGACAGUUUCAAUGGAGCAAGUGCAAGCUUUAAAGGGUGCUGUGGAUGAUGGAUUUCAAAUGAAUGCAAGGCCACUUCAACCAUUAUAUGGAAGAACCCAUGGGAGAUCUGAAGCUCAAGAGGAGAAAAAUUGA